UAAAUUUCUGUUGUCACCCAGCCUUCCCUUUCCCUUCAUCCCAAGUGUCCCAGUUUUUUUUCUUGCUUUACUGUGCCUUUCUUUCUGGUUCUUGCUACUCAGCAAGCUUUUCCUUUCAUGGAGUUUGCUCUCCUCUUCUUAUUUAGCCACUGAAACAGAUAAAACUUACCUUGCUUGUGGAGUUUCCUGCAUACCCACAAAGACUGCGACCGUCAAAUCUUCUUCUUUCGCUUCUUCAGGUGGUGUGAAUAAGGAAAUGAUGAAGAAAAUGAAGUACGUGUUGGUGACUGGAGGAGUAGUAAGCGGACUGGGCAAAGGAGUGACGGCUAGUAGUAUUGGGCUGCUGCUUAAGGCCUGUAAUCUUCGUGUUACUACCAUCAAAAUAGAUCCCUACUUAAACAGUGAUGCCGGAACAAUGUCACCGUUUGAACAUGGAGAAGUUUAUGUCUUAGAUGAUGGUGGAGAGGUGGACUUGGACCUUGGAAAUUAUGAACGUUUUCUAGAUAUCAAGUUGACAAGAGACAAUAAUAUCACCACUGGAAAAAUUUACCAGGCUGUUAUUGAAAAGGAAAGAAGGGGAGAUUAUCUGGGAAAGACUGUUCAGGUCGUUCCUCACAUUACUGAUGCUAUUCAAGAAUGGAUUGAACGCGCAGCAAUGAUACCGGUAGAUGGCCAGCCUGGUCCUGCUGAUGUUUGUGUCAUUGAAUUGGGUGGCACAAUAGGAGAUAUUGAGUCCAUGCCAUUUAUUGAGGCUCUAGGACAGUUCUCAUAUCGUGUGGGAGUUGGUAACUUUUGCUUGAUUCAUGUCAGCCUUGUACCUGUUUUAAAUGCUGUUGGUGAACAGAAAACAAAACCAACUCAGCAUAGUGUUCGUGGGCUGAGAGGUUUAGGAUUGGCGCCAAAUAUCUUAGCUUGUCGCAGCACAUUGGAACUUGAUGAGAAUGUGAAGAUGAAACUCUCUCAAUUUUGCCAUGUCCAGGCAGAAAAUAUCAUCACUCUCUACGAUGUUCCCAACAUUUGGCGCAUUCCUUUGCUUUUAAGAGAUCAGAAGGCUCAUGAAGCAAUUUUCAGAGUGCUGAAUCUUCAGGGUACUACAAGGGAGCCUAACUUAAAGGAGUGGACUUCUAGGGCUGAUAUAUGUGACAUGUUGCAUGAACCGGUCCGAAUUGCCAUGGUUGGGAAGUAUACUGGUCUUUCUGAUUCCUAUCUGUCUGUAAUAAAGGCUCUUUUGCAUGCAUCUGUUGCUCGCCGUAAGAAACUUGUAGUGGACUGGGUUCCAGCUUGUGACCUUGAGAAUGAAAUGGCAAAAGAGAAUCCUGAUGCUUACAAGGUUGCGUGGAAAUUGCUAAAGGGUGCAGAUGGCAUUCUUGUUCCAGGAGGGUUUGGUGAGAGAGGUGUAGAAGGGAAGAUUCUUGCAGCCAAAUAUGCAAGAGAGCAUAGAGUCCCAUUCCUCGGCAUUUGCCUCGGAAUGCAAGUUGCAGUCAUUGAAUUUGCGCGAUCUGUUCUUGGUUUCCAAGAUGCUAAUAGCACAGAAUUUGAUACUAACACUAAAAAGCCCUGUGUCAUAUUUAUGCCUGAGGGCUCAAAAACCCACAUGGGAGGCACCAUGCGUCUUGGGUCGAGGAGGACAUAUUUCCAAGUCAUGGAUUGCAAAUCUGCAAAAUUGUAUGGAAACAAAAGUUUUAUUGAUGAGAGACAUCGGCAUAGAUAUGAGGUGAAUCCUGAUAUGGUAUCUCGCCUGGAGGAAGCUGGGCUCUCAUUCACUGGCAAAGAUGAAACUGGUCAGCGAAUGGAGAUUGUUGAGUUGCCGAAUCAUCCUUACUAUAUUGGUGCUCAAUUCCAUCCUGAAUUUAAAUCAAGACCAGGAAAACCCUCUGCUUUAUUCUUGGGACUCAUAGCAGCAGCAUGUGGGCAACUAGAUGCACUCUUGCAAGGCCACAAGCUUCCCAAUGGAUUAGGCACUGGAAUUCCAAUACAGAAAGUAAACGUUUACCAAAAUGGAAACGUUGCCAAGUUCGCAAAAAUCGCUGCGGAUGGCAUAUACACGCACUACUAAAAUACUAAACUGUUGCUGCCUUUACAAAGUUCGCAGGAACAGCUUCCGAUACUUAAGUUCUAAUCUGUUGCUGCCUUUUGUUACAGGGCCUGUUUUUUUUCAUGGAGUAAUAGUUGUUCGAUCCUAUACUCUUUUGUAGUGUCUUAGGAUUGGUUUGUACAGUAAGUUGAGUAUGGGUAGUUGUCAUUAGCUUCAAGAGACUGGAUUGAACAGAGCUGGUUCCUGGUCUUUUAAACGGGACAGCUCUGUUGUAAUUUACAGUGUACCAUACUUUUCUGCUGGUGUAUUUUGCGAAGUUCUUACUUUAUAGCUAUUCUGCAAUGAGAAUUUCUUCCUUUAUGUUCA